UAACAAAGAAAGUUGGUUUCCGCCAAUAAUAUUACAAAUUAAUAAAUAAAGCAAGAAGAAUGCUUGUGUUGGGUAAUGUGAUUCGCGAAUAAAGUACGUGAAUGAAUGAGUUGGCCUCCACUCUAGCUAACUCGCCUUGAUCUCAUUGAUUUAUUUAUUUUACUAAUUUCUCAUUAAUUUCUUCACUUCAGUUUUGCCUUUAGCGUCAAGCUCAUCAUAAUCUUAUUUCUCUCCACUAUUCUUAUCACUUUGCUUCAUUUCCUUUGAUUCCUUCCAUUACAAAGCAGAAACCAUAACCAUGGCCGAGCUUGCAGGCUUAUUUCUCUCCCCACUCCUCCAAACGUUUUUUGAAAGGGUGACAUCUGGUGAAUUUGUUGACUUUUUUCGUAGACAAAAACUCAACCAAGCACUCUUGGAAAAACUGGAGAUAUCAUUGUUGUCUGUGAAUGCUGUGUUUGAAGAUGCAGAGGAAAAACAAGUGGCAAAUCCCAACGUCAAAAACUGGCUCGAUAAGUUGAAAGAUGUUGUCUAUGAUGCAGAGGACAUCUUGGAUGAGAUUGAUACCGAAGUCAUGCGUUGCCAGUUGGAUACAAGCAAGGUACGAAAAGCCUUCUCUAAUUCUUUAUUUAACCCUUUUGUCAAGAAAAUAGAACCAAAGAUAAAACAAGUGCUUGACAGAUUGGAGUAUCUUGUAAGACAAAAGAAACACAUGGGUCUAAAAGAAGGCGUUCAAGGGAAGCCAUCCGAAAGAUUGCCCACAACUUCUUUGGUUGAAGAAUCUGAUAUUUGUGGUAGAGAAGAUGAUACGGAGAAAAUAAUUGAUUCCUUGUUCUCAGUUGAUGUAAGUGGCAAUAAGUUGUUUGUGAUUGCUAUUGUUGGUAUGGGGGGACUUGGCAAGACCACCCUUGCUCAGCUUGUAUACAAUGACGAGAGCGUGAAGAAACAUUUUGACCUUAAAGCAUGGGCUUGUGUUUCGGAUGACUUUGACGUCUUUAAGAUAACAAAAGCAAUUCUAAAGGAAGUAGGUUCCUCCGCUAAUGGUGAUGAUACGACUCUAAAUUGGCAUCAAAAUAGACUAAAGGAGAGUUUGACGGGAAAGAAACUUCUACUUGUUUUAGAUGAUGUUUGGAAUGACAAUUCUAUUAAUUGGGAGGCCUUAAGUAAACCCUUCAAAUUUGGAGCACAAGGGAGCAGAAUUUUGGUAACCACACGUGAAGAACGAGUAGCAUCGGUUAUGAAAGCUGAAAUUUACAAUUUGAAGUCACUACCAGAAAAAGAAUGUUGGUCACUUUUUGUAAGACAUGCGUUUCGUGGCAGUAUCCAUCCAGAGCUAGAAGCAAUUGGAAGACAGAUCGUGGAAAAAUGCAAAGGUCUCCCUUUAGCAGUCAAGACAAUUGGAGCUCUCUUGUCGUUUAACGUAGAUGCUGAUAAUUGGAAUGAAAAAUUAAAGAGCGAGUUGUGGGACAUGUCGACUGAAAUUAUUCCUGCUCUAAGAUUAAGUUAUAAAUAUUUGCCCUCACAUUUAAAGCGAUGCUUUGCUUAUUGUUCGAUAUUUCCAAAAGAUUAUUUUUUCGAAGAAGAGGAAUUAGUCUUAUUGUGGAUGGCAGAAGGUUUCUUGCAAAUGUCUAACUACAAAACAAUGGAGCAAGUUGGUCAUGAUUACUUUUUUGAUCUGGUAUCGAGAUCGUUAUUAUUUCAACAAUCAAGUCAUAAAUAUCUGGGCAAUUAUUCAAGGCCUUCAACAUUCGGAAUGCAUGAUCUUGUCAAUGAUUUAGCAAGAUUUGUAUCUGGGCAAUUUAUCUUUAGAUUGGAGGGUGGCAAUUUGCUCCAAGUUACGAACAAGACUCGCCAUAUAUCAAUUGUUGAAACCAUCCCAAAGAAGUUAGAGGCACUUUACGAGGCCAAGGGAUUGCGCACUUUUCUCCCAAUAUAUGGUGGAAUAUUCCCACAUGUUUCGUUGCCCAUGUUGAGAUUCUUACGAGUGCUUUCCUUUGCAAGGAAUAGAAAUUUAACUGAGUUGCCUGGUUCAAUUGGCAAAAUUAGACAUCUACAAUAUUUGAAUCUGUCUUUCACACCAAUUAGAAAACUACCUGAUUCUAUAUGUAAAUUGUGCAAUUUGCAAACAUUGAGAUUAUGGCGUUGUCAGAAUCUUACUGCAUUGCCUAGAGAUAUGCAUAAACUCGUUAGUUUGCGUCAUCUUAAUUUAGAUGGAACUGCCAUAACGGAGAUGUCGUUACAUCUGGGUAGACUAAAAUGUCUACAGACUUUGGAUAUAUUUGUUGUCAGUGAAAAACAUUGUGGAUCGAGCAUUGGGGAGUUGGGGAAUCUUGAAGAUAUUGGGGGUUUCUCUCUAUUAGGAAGCUCCAAAAUGUCAAAUCUCCUGCCGAUGCAUUGGAUGCAAGGUUGAAGGAUAAGAAGCACCUUGAGGACUUGACGUUGGGAUGGGACGCUAUAAGUAGCAAUAUUUCAGAAAGUGAUCAAAUAACUGUAUUGGAGAAUCUCCAACCCCAUACAAACUUGAAAAGACUCUGUAUCCAAUAUUAUGGUGGUAAAAGCUUUCCGGAUUGGAUCGCUGAUCAUUCGUUUACUAAGAUAGAAAAUCUUUCUCUCUAUGAUUGUAAAUAUUGCCACAUCUUGCCAUCAUUUGGACAACUACACUCUCUUCAGCGGCUCUCUAUCAGUCAGUUUCGUGGAAUUGCUAGAGUGGGUAUGGAGUUCUAUGGUAGCGGUUCUUCUACGUUUAAGCCAUUCGAAGCCUUGAAAUAUCUAAGGUUCAAAGACAUGCCAGAAUGGGAAAAUUGGUUAUGUUUUGAUUCUGAAAAUGAAGGUGAAGCUUUUCCUUGUCUUGAAGAGCUUCAGAUUGUUAGGUGCUACAAGCUAACAGGAGUGUUGCCCAUCCAUCUUCCUUCUUUAGUCAAACUUGUGAUUGUUGAUUGUUCGCAACUGGCGGCCUCACUCCCAAGGUCUCCUGCUCUACGUGAGUUGAAGUUAACAAAUUUUAAGGAGGUUCUGUUAAAUGAAUUGCCAUCUAGAUUAUUGCAAAAAGUAGUACUUGGAGAAUCUGAUACAUUACGGUCCCUACCAAAGGGAAUGAUGGAUUCCAGCAGUCCUCUUCAAGAAUUGGAAAUCUAUGAUUGUUGCUCGCUCAUGUUACUUUCUGAUGACGGUCUACCCUCCACCUUAGAAACUCUUAAGAUCUCAAAAUGUAAGAAGUUAGAAUUCCCAGUGCACUUCAACGAUUCAUCCCUCAAAGAGUUGUACUUGCAAAAUAGUUGUGAUUCUCUCAGGUGCUUUCCAGUAAACUUAAUUGCAGAGAUCGAUAUUUUUACCAUCGAGAAAUGUGAGAAUUUGGAGUCUCUUACUGAUUCAGAACAACAAGAAACUGAUUCAGCCGCCUCGAUUAUAAGAAUCCAGAAAUGCCCUAAUUUCGUAUCAUUUCCAGAUGGAGGAUCGCGUGCUCAAAAAUUGAAAACAUUUGAGAUAAAUGGUUGUGGGAGUUUAAGGUCAUUGCCUGACAAGAUGCACCUACUCCUACCAUCUCUUGAGUCAUUAUUUAUCAGUACGUGUCCAAUGCUGCAAUCAUUCGGUAAAGGGGGCUUGCCUACCAAUUUAAAAUCGAUUUCCAUCGUAGAUUGUGAUAAACUCUUUGCUUGUCGAAGAACAUGGGUCUGCAAAACCUCCCCUCUCUUCAAGAAGUGUCAAUCGGUGGCAAAUGCGAAGAUGUGGAGUCUUUUCCGGAGCCGGCGUUGCUGCCCAUGACUAUAACCAGUCUUACCAUCUUUGGAUUUCCUAAUAUGACAUCUCUAGACAAGAAGGGCCUUCAACACCUCACCUUUCUUGAAAAAUUGUAUAUCCGUAACCUCCCAAGGCUAAAGUUCACGCCAGAAGAGAGAUUGUUCGACUCCAUUUCUACUCUGAUCCAUCUUGCCAUCGAUGGAAUUCCAAUUAUGACAUCUUUAGACAGCAUGGGCAUUCAACACCUCACCUCUCUGAAGACGAUGGAGAUCUAUGAUUGUCCUAAUCUGAAGUUCUUGCCAAAAGAUGGAUUUCCUGCCUCCAUUUCUUCUUUAGAGAUCGGCGGAUGUCCACAGUUGGAUAAACAGUUGCAAAAUAGAAAAGGAAAAGAAUGGCGCAAGGUUGCUUACAUCCCCAACUUAUGGAUGAAUUAUUUAAGGAUUUGAAUGGCUUCUUCUAAAAGCCAACCAUAUGAACUACAAGUGGAUGGCAGCAACUGUACAUGAUUCACCUUUCAAAGUUAGGUGGCCAACCUUUAUCUGUUGCUGAAAUUGAGGAAAUUUCUGUUAAGAAUAGCAACUCGGCUUCUACAACAAAUCAGAUGUCAGUGCCAGGAAAAGCUUAUCACUUCUUGGUUCGAUUGCAAAGUUUCUUUCCUAACAAUCUCUGCUCUCAGUGGUUAUUUGUUUUUGUUUUUCAUAUUAUUGUUAUGGAUGGAAAGCUGCAGUGAAAGCAAGUUUAUGCACCUUAUUGGCAUUCAACAGAAGUUUGGCUAAAAGCUCAUGUUCUUGCCCAUGACUCUGGCUAUCAGCAGCUCGUUAUCACCUCCUGCUGACUUAAUUAGCAGGGGAAUGGCCGUUGAGGAUCCAACUGCUCCUCAUGCACUAAGACUAACAAUCAAAGACUACCCCUACGCUUAAUAUAGAUGGAACCAAUUUUCAUGAACAAGGGUAUGCUGGUAUUGGUGUGAUACUGAGGGACAGUGCAGGAGAAGUUAUCAUGACAGCAACAAAAAGAGAGGCAGCAGUUCAAGAAUCUUCUAAUAUAGAAUUGCUUGCUAUUUUUAGAGUCUUACAAUUAUGUCUACCACUUGGAAUACACAAUUUGAUUAUUGAAAGUGAUGCUCUCUUAGUGGUAACAGAAGUUCAAGAUUUACAACCAUCGGAUUCUUUGUUAGAAAAUCUGGUCUUAGAUGUCCAACAAAUGAUGCAAAGAUUUUGGCAAUGCACAAUUGAACAUGUUUGCAGAUUUUCAAAUGUUGCAGCACACACACUUGCUAGAUAUGCAAGAAAUGUUCAUGAUUUAGUUGUUUGGUGGGAUUUU